CACUGCCAGCCAGCCAAUCGCUUAUGUGCAAGUACAGGAGAACGGCUGCCUUCCUUCGACCGGUCUACAGGUACAAGAAUUACCGAGUAGUGCGGUGCUGCAUUAUCUCCAACGCAGCCUGAUUUCAACGACGCCUUGGCCCUUGCGUCCCAACAGCAAUAUAAAUAUAACCUCUACGGGCCAUGCAGUGUGGCAUUGAGGGCACGCCACUCGGUCUGGAUGGAUUACUGCUACCGGCCAGUGUGGCAAGCGAGAGUUAUUACAAUAGUUCACUACUGGACCCUCCACACUCACCUACGCCACAAGGGAAAUCGUUUAUAAAGCCAUCGAAUUCAUGGAAACCACCAUAUCCCAAUUCUUCCCCAAUGUCUUCCUCAAUACUUGCUGCUUACUUACAGAGACGCGAGGAGCUUAUCGCAUCGGAUCGCGCGUUGCGAAUUGACCAUUCUCGUACGAAAUACACCCCGACUGAGCUAAAGGCAGAUGGAGUCGUGCGCUCCAUCCGUGCUAAAGAAGCUGUCGAUGUUUGGGGAGGUAAACACGAAGGUGUCCCUCACCCAUACCCAGGGAUGGAGUUCCUGAAUGCCAAGGAUAUUAUUUUAAAGACAGAACUCUUCAAAAUAGUGUCAAAAAUGCCAAAGGGCGGGCUAUUGCAUGUGCAUCAGAACGCCUCGGUAGAGGCCAGAGUGUUGCUUGAUCUGGCACUGGGUCAUCCCGCGAUACAUAUUCGCACUUCCAAGUCGGGCCCGUUGAAUGCGUCCUCUCUCGAAACUGUGUUGCCCGAUAUCCGGCCGAUUCCUGUGGAACUGUAUCCUUCCGCUGACGCAAUUGGCAUCACUGAUGCUUCAUACACUAAUGGCUGGGUUCCGAUCAAGAGGGCACGAGAGCUGUUCGAUCCUGCACUAGGCGGCCCCACUGGGUUUGAUAAGUGGGUACUUAGUGCCUUUAUGAUCAACCCCAGUGAUGCGUUUGAGACGUACAAUACGCCGACGAAAAUCUGGAUGAAGUUUGCGAGUACCUUUCAUGUGACCGAUCCCAUCAUCCGAUUCGUGCCGAUUCAAAAGGAAUAUUUGCGGAUGAGCAUUCGCUCUUCGAUCGACGAUGGCAUCUCGUACAUGGAGUUACGAACUAAUUUUUACACGAAUUACAUACUUGCAGAGGACGCGAAGACCAAGCUUGAUUUACGUGAACUACUCUUGAUAUUCCGAGAGGUCUCGGACGAAAUAAAAGCGGAAAUGAAGGCGAAAGGUCGGGAAGAUGAGUUCGCCGGAUUGAAGAUUAUCUAUAAUACCCUGAGAAUGGUUUCACCCGAUCAAUUGGCAGUAGCACUGGAUCAGUGCAGCCAACUCAAGCAGGAAUUCCCAGACCUUAUUGCUGGAUUUGAUCUCGUGGGCCACGAAGAUGGGGCGGAGUGCAAACCGCUGAUUGAUUACGCAGAGCAGCUUCUGAAUUUCGCCGAGCAGCAUCCAGAUAUCCCAUUUAUCUUUCAUGCUGGUGAAACUCUAGGCGAUGGCAAUGCAGCGGACAUGAACCUGUAUGAUGCUAUUCUGCUUGGAACAAGGCGUAUCGGACACGGUUUCUCGCUAGCUAAGCAUCCUAAAUUAAUGGAAAUCUGUCGAGAGAAGAAAAUAGCAAUUGAAGUCUGCCCUAUAUCAAAUGAAGUGCUGCGUCUUACCUCAUCGAUGCUUAUGCACCCCCUCCCAAUAAUCAUGAACCAAGGCAUUCCGGUGGUAUUGUCCUCUGACGAUCCUGCGAUGUUCAAUAGUAUGGGGUUGUCCUUUGAUUUCUUCCAGGUACUAGUAGCAAGUGAACUUACGGGACUCCUUGCUCUUGGCGAAAUGGCCCGUGACAGCAUUACUUAUUCCAUGCUUGAUGAAGAGAGUAAGAAGGCAGCUAUGGAUGCAUGGCAAAGACGGUGGACCAAAUUUAUAGAAGAGGUCGCGAAGAUAGAGGUCGCGAAGAUGUUUCCAUGAAACUUUGGCUCUCGGAUUCAAAGAAAUACCCAAACAUAGAUCAGAGGAUGUAGUAUAUAUACGUGAACUUGUCAAAAACUGUGCAAAUCCUGUCUGAUGAUGAUAACUUAGGGGCUGCAUUUCCAACCUCAACCUAGCAAUCAGUGCAGAUACUACUUAUCAUCGUGCCCUC